AUGGUGUCAGUUGGAGCACCUGUAACAUCAUCGCCCAGCAGCAGCAACAUCGUCAGUGUCAUUAAUGUCACCAAGGGUGAGUUCAUUCACCAGUCAGAAGUGCCUAUACGCCAGAGUGUGCAGAUAGAGGAGAUCAUCGUCGUCACCAUCAUCGUCAUCUUCUGGCUGGUGGCAUUCAUGGCCUUUUUGAAGAAGUGGGACAGUAUCCGCAUCAUGCAGCCCAACGAGCCCAGAUACAAGCACAGUCCUAAGAACCUAGAAAAUAUCAAGAUUGUCAAACGGCCGCAGGACAGCAUCAUUUACAAAAACUACAGCAGGAAAAUGUCCACGACGAUGGUGGCCAGGGAGAAGCGACGGCUGCAGCGAAUGCACACUGUCCCGUGUAUGGGCACCCUGUCAGCUUUCCCGCUGCCCUUACUGCCCAUAAUACACAUGGAGGAGGUCACUACGGAAAUGUGA